AGACUUGCAAAGUUUCUGCCAGAGAGUCUUGACGUACGCAGAUGGCGUUGCAUCGUGUAUACCCAGAGCAGAUGUUUACCAGGCCACAUUCAUUCUAAUGGGGGUUAAAGGGCCUGCUCGUGAAGACGCCGAGUUCAUUGGCAUGUGAACUCUCGAAGGUGUUUCCGCGGAAAGCACCGAUCGCGCACGGGUGCUGCAUGUGCUGCAUCCGUGUCUAAAUAAAACACAUAUCACAAUCGCCAUGACGUAACGGCCGAGGAUACCGAAUUCGCGACCGUUCGCGGCGCCGUGGCGCACGAAUAACGUGAUGACGCGCACCGUGUGAAAACAAAAUUACGUGUUGCCGAAAUAAAAAUGCGUGACGCGGGGUUGGAUUCGUUUGUUGGAGUUUUUUGAGUUGAUCAGCUGAUAAAUGUUUAGUACCUGAGUGCUUGUCAAUGUAGAAAGUUAAGCCGAUCCUUUACCUCGUGGGUUCUGUUUGUUUGGAUUCUGUUUCCUUUUCUUUUGCAGUGUGUGAAUAAUUGAAUUGUGCGGAAUGUUAGCACAGGAGGAGCAAUGUGGAAAAAGUAUAAAAAAUAUAUGUAAUUUACACGAGGAAUAUCGCCUGCCGUAAAAGUGCGCACGAUAAAAAUGUUCGCAGAGCGAGAUUCAUGUUAUUUAUGAAGUUCUCCGUAAGAAUUUAAUCGGGCCUGUUGGAAAGAGCUGCUAUUAAAGUACUGUCCAUUAUCUUUGAGCACUUAACACUCGCAAAUGGACAGUGUUACAUAACGCUGUUAUCUCUUCCAAGGCGAUAAUAUAUCUGAUAAAGGAAAUAUUUUUUAUUCAUAAAAUGGGUGGCACGAUUUUGUACAAAGCAGUUUUCAGACGUUCUCGAAGCACCAAUCAAAAUAUAAGGACUUGCUAGUCGUAGAAUCCUAAUAUUUAUAUCUUACAGCACUACUAUUCUAUUCUACUAUUGUCGUGCUGUUGUCUACGUCGUCGAUAAACAUUCUUCUAGUCUUGGUGCGUCCUGUCGCAGAUCUAUGCUGGAGGGUUAUGUAUCUUACAUUCAAAGAUGAUACGUAUGAUAUACAAAAGCUUCGCGACAUAUGGGUCAAACCUCAUGGGCAUCAUAGCACCUCUGAGUAUCCCGCCACUACAUAUCGCAUCUUUAUUUUACUUCUGGCAGGAGUACUCGAGAGUGGUGGACAAGGAGUAUUGUUCCUGUUCAUGUUGGGACACUGUGUUUAAAGGCUCGUACGAGUCCGGAAUCGCUUCCUACAAGCACAUGUACUUUAACGCCACUCAAAACACCCUGAAAAUAUGGAUGGCCAUAGUCAUCGGAGUGAUCGUAUUUUACGAGACGGUGAAGUACUUGACGUGGCUGGCGAUUCAGCAGAGGCUCAGAUACUCCAUGAUGCUGCUUUUCUCGACCACCGUGUUCUCCCAUUACUACACUUGGUGGGUUUACAUAAACUACUGGAACGAUGAAUUCUAUUCGCAGUGGUAUCAUCAGAUGUUCUUCUCCGUCACCGAGUUGAUAUCCACCUUCUGGGUCUUGCAUCUGGCGGACAGUAAGAAUCCCGUGACUCGCAGGAAGGCGUUCACCAUAGUCGCAAUAGCUAUUCUGCAUAUUCUGGCUGCCAGCUGGGAUCAAUUCUUUCAGAACGUCGUUAGAGGGGAAGGCUAUGCGCACCAGGUCGUACGCGAUUUGAUGCUCAUGAUACCGGACAUCCUGCACGUGGCCGUUCCGCUAUGUUCGAUCAAGUGGAAGAGCGGUCAUCAUCUUCCUGGAUACGGCAUGAGAUACUCGACUAUUAUACUAUUCCGAAGAUGCACCAUCACGAGGGACUUGGUAUACAUGUUGAACAUAGUCAUGGUCGGACUGUGGAUUUGGGCGUGUUUGUAAAGCUUCCACGAUAUCUCCGGAGAAAGCGUAUGUGACAUAUCGCGUUUUCAGCGACGGUCCCGAAGCGUGACCAUUCGUUCUAAAAUGAGAACGGCCUUCAUUAAUUUACCAUGUUCUUCCUGCGAAAUAGCUGGAUAUGUAGAACGCUUAACUCGAUCUCUGAUACAAGAGCCAAAAUUGUCUCGUCUCUGCGUGACAAAUUCCAUUGUUGCUGUGCAGGCACAGUAACAAUUUUAUCAAUAUCACGAAAACGCAAAGAAACGCUCCGUAUGAAUAUAGUAUUAUUAUUGUUAACGAAUGUGUUCCGAGAGUAGCUGGACUGAACUUAGGUUGCGUGCGCCUCUGUCCCUUUUUUCCUAAGUUAGCAUCCUCGUCGCUUUAUUCGGUUUACCUCUUAUCGUCUUAUCUCACCGUGCGGUCUUCUCGCGUGAGCUUAUAGGACUUUUAUCUAUUAUUUACGACGGAUAUAUUUAUAACGGUGCGAAGUUUCGACAUCUUUAUA